UCCGUAGCGAGCGGCCUCGCGUCGGUGCUGCUGCCGCCAUUAACCCCUGGGUGCCCGGCGGCAGCGGCGGCGGGACGGGGUGCUCAUGCGCAGCCGCUGCCCGGCCGGUGCCCCGCCGCGAGGAUGAGCUCGGCCGCCGGCCCCGCCGCUUUGCCUCCGGGCUCCGCCACCCGGGCCUUGCAUGUGGAGCUGCCCUCGCAGCAGCGCCGGCUUCGUCAUCUGCGGAAUAUUGCUGCACGUAAUAUCAUCAAUAAGAAUGGUUAUCGCCUCUUGGAUACUUACUUCACUCUUCACUUGUGUGAUAGUGCCAAGAUAUACAAAGAAUUUUAUAAGAGUGAAGUGAUCAAGAAUUCUCUGAAUCCAACAUGGAGGAGCUUGGACUUCGGAAUAAUGCCCGAUCGUCUCGAUACCUCUGUCUCAUGUUUUGUUGUGAGGAUCUGGGGUGGCAAGAAGGAGCACUAUCAACUCUUGAUAGAAUGGAAAGUUAAUCUAGAUGGAUUAAAAUACUUGGGCCAGCAGAUACAUGCAAGAAACCCCAAUGAGAUUAUUUUUGGUCUCAAUGAUGGUUAUUAUGGAGCUUCAUUUGAACAGAAGGAUCACUCAGGUACCCUGAAGAAUAGUCUUCUCCAGGUGGAUCAGAACUGUGUUCGUAACUCUUAUGAUGUCUUCUCUUUGCUUAGGCUUCACAGAGCUCAGUGUGCAAUUAAACAGACUCAGGUAACUGUUCAGAAAAUAGGAAGAGAGAUUGAAGAAAAGCUGAGAUGUACAUCUACAAGCAAUGAACUGAAAAAGGAGAGUGAAUGUUUACAGUUGAAGAUUCUGGUGCUACGUAACGAACUGGAGAGGCAGAAGAAGGCUCUGGGUCAAGAAGUAGCCUUAUUGCACAAGGAGCGAAAUAACUUGCAUGAAAGAGAAAAUGUAUUCGAGACUGAGUACCAGAAGCUUCAAGAGCAUAAUGAAUCCUUGCAUGAAUUAAGAAAGGAAUGCACUGCGAAGAGAGAACUGUUUUUGAAGACGAAUGCCCAGCUGACUAUUCGAUGCAAGCAAUUGCUGUCGGAGCUAUCCUAUAUCUACCCUAUUGAUUUGGAAUCAUUGACCCAGAUUCACUUUCUACUGUUGAUUUUAUAUUUACAGAAUGAUCAAAAGGAUUACUUUGUUUGUGGAGUCAAGCUUCCCAAUUCUGAAGACUUUCAAGCAAAAGAUGACGGAAGCAUUGCUGUUGCCCUGGGCUACACUGCUCAUUUGGUUUCAAUGAUUUCCUACUUCUUACAAGUGCCACUCAGGUAUCCCAUAAUUCACAAGGGCUCCAGGUCUACAAUCAAAGAUAAUAUCAAUGACAAACUGACAGAGAAGGAGCGAGAAUUUCCUCUAUAUCCAAAAGGAGGAGAGAAGCUUCAGUUUGAAUACGGAGUGUAUCUUCUCAACAAAAAUAUAGCACAGCUUAGAUAUCAACAUGGACUGAGUACUCCAGAUCUAAGGCAAACUCUUCCUAACCUGAAAAACUUUAUGGAGCUUGGGCUAAUGGUUAGAUGUGAUCGACACCAUAUAUCCAGUGCAAUUCCAGUUCCAAAGAGACAGAGCUCUAGCUUCGGCAGAUUGGAUAUUGGCUUUUCCGGUGGGCUUCCUUCUCCAGAUAAAGGACUCCGAAAACGAGCAAGCACAGGGAAUGAAAGACUACAGUAUAAAACUCCUCCUCCUAGCUACAACUCUGCUUUAACGCAGCCUGUUGCCAUUGCAGCUUGUGUAGGAGAGUUAGAUAAAAAACCUGGAUCAAUAUCUUCUUCCUUAGAUACCUCUAUGGACUCCUCAAAAGAAAAUAGCAAGAAAGGAGGGGAUUUAUGUGGCAGUUUAAACAGAGAAAACAGGAGCCUAAACGAUACCCAAGACCGUCAGGAGUCUUUCCUGGGACAUACUAGUGCAAUAAACGGGGCGCUUCUGCCUGGUGAGUGUUCUGGCAUGGCAAGCAACGAGCAACCCUGUGAGUACCGGCCCUCGCUUGGGCCCGUGCUCUGCUGCACGGUGGAGCAGGCAGAGGAAAUAAUUGGGAUGGAAGCCACAGGAUUCAGCACGGGAGACCAGCUCGAAGACUUUAACUCCAUCCCAGUGGAGCACGCCGUGGCGGUAGAAUGUGAUGAACAAGUCCUAGGGGAGUUUGAGGAGUUCUCUCGAAGGAUCUAUGCACUGAAUGAAAACAUGUCCAGUUUCCGCAGGCCACGAAAAAGUUCGGACAAAUGAGCUUGGACGGGGAUUUUGGUAGUAGACAUUGAGAUGAAAUCAGUGAUCUGGAAUAGAGAUAAAAUUGCACUUAUUCUUUAUAUUAAUUAUGAAAAAAAAGCUAAAGCUAUUCCUAUGGUGUUAGACAAAUGGACUUGUAACUGAGCACGAUAACACAGGAUCAUGGUAUAUUUACAGUGCAGAUAUAUUUUGAUUCUGCUUCUAGUCAUCUUAUGUCUAGUAUUUAUAAUCUGUUCAGUUUUCUUUUUGGUAUUGGAGUUAAAUGCUUUCCUGAAAAGAACUUCUAGUGCUGAUCAGGCCCUUCUAUGAGUAUUUGUUUUCUUAAUUAUUAUUCAGAGUUAAAAUUUAUUUUAAUCUCUUCAGAAGAAAAAAAGUUAAUUUAAAAAUACAUUUAUGGUAAGACCAGCGGGCACCUCUUUACUUUUUCCCAUGUACUCCUGUGUUCUUUGAGCAAUGUAGUCAAUGUUACAGAAAUACCAUGAAUUUGCUAUAAUUGAACAGCUUUCUCUUGGCUGUGCUCUGUAGUCUUUGAAGUUCUAGUUUGCACUGAUGGGUCUUCAGUUGGUGGUGUAAACUUGCCAGAGAAUGAACACCUGUGAUAUUUACAUUUCCUUUGCACCUGAUUAAUCAGACAAUUUCCUUUUUCCUCCUUUCCUCUGUACUCACAGUACCUACCAGUGGAGACUUCUCAAGUAGAGGCCUUGAGGACUAAAUCAUCUCUAGUGUUUUGUAUUUAAAUAAAUAAAUAAAUCUCAGCUUGACCAUUCCACACUUAGGUACAAUAUUUCAAAUCUAACAAAUGCACUACGUAAGUGAGGUUCACCUGCCACGUUCCAAGGUGUCUUAGGCAAUGCGCUGUGAGGCAUUUCAGACACGUUCAUAAAACUCCAGACUUAAAAUGCGGUCAGCACUUUGGAAUUAGGUGAACUUGUUGAAUCACUCCACCUUCUGUAGAAAAGGAGGCACUUAAUAUUUUCAUCUAAAUUUCUGUACUUCUGACGGUACCAUCUGUACCUUAAAGGAAGAACCCUUGAGCAGUUUACUAGAGAUGCAGUUUGGUUUUUAGGUAGGUUACCACUGGCACAUGUGUUCAGCUGCACUAAUGGGAAAGCAAUUUGCAGCCUGCUUUGCGAUUCCUGGUAUUUGUUUUGAGUUUGGAUUUCAUUGCUCUUGCUUUCUAUGUUGUAUACCCAAGAAUUUGGGCUCAGUUGUGAGCUCUCAAAUAUAUAAAAAAAAAUAUAUAGCAGAAUAAAAAACACUUCAUCAUGCCUGACUUUUUUUAUUUUCCUCCCUAGUCUAUACUUUCUUAAACCAGUGACCUAGUCCGUUUUCUAGCUUCACCAUAAGGCUUAGCCUAAAUUAACUUUUUAAAAAUGUGGAGAUAUAUAUAAUCACAACUAUCCAUUGUCAAAGCAAGAUGUAUGUGUGAAAACCAAUAUAAAUAAUAGCACUGUUUUAGAAUCUGUGUUUUCCGGUAACACCUUAAUGAUUGUACUGAAAUUACAUUCACAUUUCUUCUCUUAGCUUUUAACAGUUGUGUCUGCAAUUGAGUUAUUGGCUUGAGCCUUUCUGCAGUGAUUCAUUCUUUUUAGUCCGUUGCAAUAAAAUAUGCUAGAUGGAAGUAGUCAGAAGUAGAGGCCUCAGCCCUGUAAGACACUUUACAUAAUUCCAGUUGCAAACUUGGAUGUGAAUUUGGAUGCGUUCUUGAGUAAUUUAUGGAAUUGAAAUCUCUCCUCCUCUAGACCAACCUAUUCUUUUCCUGCCUCAUGAAAAACUUCCCUAAGGAAAUGGUGCAGCAGCUCGAAGUGCUGCCAUCAUUCUUGAGAAAAGAGAGGUGGGAAAUUUUCACCUAUUCUGUCACUGACACGUUGAGAGACAAAACGAAUAUCUGGAGCAAGCGCAGCACUUACUGAUGAGAUGGGCAUAGAAAUGAGAUAGUGUCCUGUGACUUUGCCUGCUGAUAGCAGAGAGAAAUGAGGAUCCAGCGUAAUGGCUAUGGUCCAACAUCAUUGAGUCACUUGUGCACAUUGAAGGGUGGGAUCUGGCACACCUGAAGCAGCACAAAAAAUUCUCUUUUUAUGCGCACUAACUGCCCUUUAUAAAGAAAAGGCCUUAGCUUGUGUGUGGUGGUGACUUUUCAAACCAACCCAAAGAGUAGCUGUGGAGUUGCUAUGUUCCUUAGACAAACACAGAGCCUCUCAGUGCAAUUAAGCAACCCAGGAGAUUACAUUCAGAGAACAUCAGCAGAACUUCAAAUUUUUUCAUUAGUUGCACAGUUUCUCAGGUUGCAUACAACCAAAUGAGGUCUAGUUUUCUUCCCUGACGUUGUGUUGCUGUUGUUGUUUGAGCCCUGUAAUUGUUAGUGUGUCAAACGCAGUUGUUGGUUUCUGCAUUUGUCUCGCAAAGCUUCCUUGAUGGGCUUUCCACAGAUGUAUCUUUAGUAGGCCGUAAAACAUCCCCAGGUUUCUUUUUCAUUCUUACAGCUUUUGAAAUAGAAGAAAGCAUGAAGGAAGACAACAUAGUAAGGCUAAUUAAAGCAUUGGCAAACUUACUUUUGCUGUGAAGAAUGUGGAGGGGAAUUGUACAGAUUGCAGCCAUCUCUCAUGGCUUUUUUGUGAUUUUUUUUUCCCUGUAAAAAUAGCUUAGUGGGAGGGAAACAAAUAGUAAGUUUUUAGGUGAGAUGAUAUAUCACAGUGUACUUUAAACUGUCAGGAACCUUUUGGUUCCUGCACAGCUGUGACACUGUUAAAUGUCUGCGAAUGUCUUCAAGUGAAGAAAACAUUUCAUUGCAAUCUUUUCCCCUCACUAGAAAUUCCUAAGAUUUUUGAGAAUAUUAGUUUUGGAAGAUCAUAUGCCACUAUAUUUUUAUAGCAAGCAAGACAGCAUUGGCUUAUCCUUGCUUGACCAGGUAUUUAAAAUAGGCAAAAAAAAAAGAAAAAAAAUAGUAGAUGACACAUUAAAGUUACCUUGGUAAUUGCGGGAAAGCUCAUCUGUAUUUAUAAAAUAAAACUGAUUAGUAUCUCUCAGAA